AUGCGUGUAUCCUUCAUUCUCCUGAUUCUGUCGAGUCUGUGCUACACAGUCCUUGCCCUCGAUAUCAAAGGGCGCAUACAGUGGAACGAACUCUGUCCAAGUCUUUCAUCUCUGGGGCAGGCCAAAGUAGUCUUGGACAAUGGCAAGCUACGUGGAGGCAUAACGCGGGAUGGGAGCUUCGUGAUUCCGGAUGUCCCAGCGGGGACGUACAUUCUUUCAGUUAUAGCUCAUGAUCAUGCUUUUGACAAGGCAAGCCUCCUUCGGAUAGAUGUUUUGGAAGCGGAGACGCUGCCAGAAGUUCGCCCAUAUAUACCGGGAACACCUCUGUCCCCGCCAUCGACCGUCACACUCCCAUACCCCGUGGUUCUUCCUGCACGCCAGACAAGUGACUACUUCGUUCCCCACCAGUCAUUCAACCUGCUCGGGAUGUUCCAAAGCCCAAUGACGCUCAUGAUGUUAGGAAUGGGUGUCUUGGUUCUAGCAAUGCCUACCCUAAUGAAAAACAUGGAUCCGGAGAUGGUGCAAGACAUUAAUAAGCGACAGGCGAGAAUUAGCACCUUUCAAAACUCCCUACAAAGCGGAGACCUUGGCUCAGGACUUUCUGCGCUAAUAAAUACAGGAGAUGAUGAGAAGCCUCCAGCACCAAGCGCCAUGAAGCAGAGCGCGUCUGCAGGAAUGAAACAUCGUAGUGGCAAGGGUAAGAAACGGUGA